GUCAACUCCGCUGUCGAUGGAAGCCACAAAAACACAGACGCCCACCUACCGAUAUCGCCGCUCAGCCUCUCAUUCUCCACCGAGUCCUUCAAAAUGGCGGCAGCUUCCUCCAUCCAGCCGCCGAGCGUACAUACGAUAAUGCAGGAAAAUUCACCUUUCCUGGAGUCGGAUAGCCCCGAAAGCCGUCAGGAUGAAGACACGCCGGCUGAAGGGACGAGUCUUCGAGAUAUGCCCGAUUUGGACCCAGAGGAAACUGAAAAAAGGCUGGAGAAAACUAAUCGGGAGCUGAGCAACAGGAGAAAAAUCCUCAUCAAGAACCUGCCACAAGAUACAACCAACCAGGAGGUCCAUGACAUUUUGAAAGAGUACGAGCUCAAGUAUUGUUUUGUGGACCGGAACAAAGGAACAGCCUUCGUGACCCUGCUGAACGGCGAGCAGGCUCAGCACGCCAUCUCCACGCUGCACCAGUCGAGCGUGCGCGGGCGCCUGAUCAACGUGCAGCUGCAGCCCACCGACUCGCUGCUGUGCGUGGCCAACCUGCCGCACACGCUCUCCUCCGAGGCCUUCCACGCGCUGGUGCGUGCCCACGGCAACGUGGAGCGAUGCUUCCUGGUGCACAGCCCCCGCUCCGGACACUCCAAGGGCUACGGCUUCGUGGAGUACAUGAAGAAGGACUCUGCGUCGCGAGCGCGGUCGGAGCUGCUGGGCCGGGCGCUUGGUGAGCGGGCGCUGGUGGUGCAGUGGACGGAUGCCAACCAGCUGAUGGAGCCGGAGCAGCUGCAUGCCCGCUGCCUGUGCGUGGACCGGCUGCCGCUGGACUUCGACGACACCGAGGAGCUGUGCCGCCUCUUCUCACAGAGACACCGGCCCGUCUUCUGCCAGCUGGCGCAGGACGAGGGCAGCCCAGUGCGCGGCUUCGCGGUGGUGGAGUACGAGUCGUCGGAGCAGGCGGAGAGCGUGCUGCUGGAGAUGGACCGCACACUGAUCCAGGGUCAGGAGAUACGCCUCUCGUACUGCUGCCCCGGGACCACGGGACGCAGCACACUGGCCGCCCUCAUAGCAGCACAAGGAGUGAUGUUGAGCAGUAAGAAGGGCCUGCUGCCAGAGCCGAGUAUUGCCCAGCUCCUGACCAGCAUGACCAACCCAGCCGCCCUGCAGGUGCUCAUGAGGCCCUACCACACUGGUAAACACAGAGGAGGUAAAUUUGGGCGUCCCCAUAGUCUGCCCUUCCUGCGGCCUCCCCUCACAGCAGCACUGCUCCAGCUGGGCAAGGUGCAACAGAAUACCAUGCUAGGUAAUGGUCUGGUUCUCCAGAAUCUUCUCCACAUGCAGCUGGCCCAGCAGCAGCUCUUGCAGAUCAAAGACAAACACAUCACUAAUGUGUCAAGUCUGAUGGCGGACCCCUCGCGGCUGCUGCUCCAUAAAGCUCUGGGUCUGCGCGCUCCACCGCCUGCUCCGACUCCAGCCAGCCAGGCCCCAGCUGCCGCCCCCCUGGCCCUGGGGAAGGGGCUGCUGGGAGACUCCCCCCCUGGGGAGGUAGGCUCAGACUCGGCCCCCACCACUCCCCAAGCUCCAGCCUCCAGUGCCGGCAUGGGGCCCUACCUGUCUGGACGCACCCAUCACCACCACCACCACCACCACCCAGGUGCCACCCAGGUGACCACAGAGCAGAACGGUGCCGCCCACACCCACACCCACGCUCACGUCCAUGGUCAUGCCCCCACGGCUCCAGACAAGCAGCCCGUACCUCCAGGGACGCAUCACCACGCAGCAGGGGUCUCCUCGGUGGCCACGCAGCCCCAGCUGCAGGGCUUCCUGUCGGGCAUGAGCAGCCCCAGCAUGGGGCCCCUGUUGGCCGCCACGGCGCCCAAGGCAGCCAGCAGCCUCCACAGCACCAGCACGGAGAGCUCGGCCAUCACGUCUAACAGCCAGACGUCUCUGCUGGGUGAGCCUCCUAAGGAGGUGAAGCUCCCCUCCAACCCCUACCUGAACCUGGCCAGCGUCCUGCCGGGAGCCAUGCUGCAAGCCCCCCCAGGCAGCAGUAAGGCCCAGGCUCUGCCCACCCACAGUGUGGCCUACACCUCCGUCAUGCCCCCCGCCACCCACCCGGCCGCCGCCUACAGCACCGACGCCCCCACGGCCGAGUACACACAGGCCUACAGCCAGCCCUACUCACAGGAGGCCAUGCAACAAUGGUAUCAGCACUACCAGGCUCAGAGCUACACUGGUGCCAGCCAAGAGGCCACCCCACUCCCAGAGUACAGCAAGGAGCAGCCUCAGGCCACGGCCACGACCACGUAUGGAGACUACAGCUCCUACAUGCAGGCUGUCAGCCAGUACUACACACAGACGCAGAUCAACCCGGCAGCAGUGCAGGCCUACCAGCACAGAGACGUAAGCAAGGAGGCGGAGGUAGUGAAGGCCAGCCUGGGACCGGGCCUGAAUGGCAGUGCCCAGACGGUGCUUCCUGCCGCCGUGCUGCCCGCCUACGGUGCCCUACCCAUCAUGCCCAGCUUCAUCAGCGCCCCCCACGCCACCCCCAUCACUGCAGCCCUGCCCCAGCCCCCCGCCCCUACCGCCGACUGGAACCAGUACUAUUACGCUCAGGCCCAGGCGCGUGGUCAGAAGAGGGAGUAUCCUCAGCUGCAGGUGGCCGAGGUGGCCGCAGACGGCCCGUACGUGGGCCAGCACUCGCAGGGCCUGGGGGGCCAGUACGCCGACUACUUCAAGAAGAAGCGCAUCUAACACACACACAAGAAACACACACACACGCACACACACACACACACUUUGUAAUGUAUACACACACUUGUAGGUGUGUUUGGUUUUGUCUCGUUGUGAUGUCCAUACCAAGUAUUCUGUUUUACUCCAACAACUCACACAGACACACAGACACAUGCACACACAUACAGUGCACACGCACACACGCACAC